GUGAAGUGUCGCAAAGCAGAAAGAAGGCGGGAGUCCGAUUGCAAACAUCCAUCGAGGACGCCCAGGCCGUAGAGGCCGCUAUGGCGAGUGCUCCGUGGGCCGAGAUUCGUGAGAAAUUCCAGGCCGCGCUGGCUUUGUCGCGGGUGGAAUUGCAUAAAAACCCCGAGAAGGAACCGUACAAGUCCAAAUACGGCGCCCGAGCACUGCUGGAAGAGGUCAAGGCGCUGUUGGGCCCCGCGCCUGAGGACGAGGAUGAGCGGCCUCAGACCGAUGACGGCGUGGGCGCAGGGGACCACGCCCUGGGGCUGCCGGCUGAAGCGGUGGAGGCCGAGGGGCCCAUCGCCCAGGGGGCAGUGAGGCUGGCGGUGAUUGAGUUCCAUCUCGGGGUGAACCACAUCGACACCGAGGAGCUGUCGGCGGGGGAGGAGCAUCUGGUGAAAUGCCUGAGGCUGCUGCGCAAGUACCGGCUGUCGCACGACUGCGUCUCCCUCUACAUACAGGCUCAGAAUAACCUAGGUAUCUUGUGGUCUGAAAGAGAAGAAAUCGAAACUGCACAGGCUUACCUAGAAUCAUCAGAAGCACUGUAUAACCAGUAUAUGAAAGAGAUUGGGAGUCCUCCUCUUGAUCCUACUGAGCAUUUUCUUCCUGAAGAAGAGAAACUUGCUGAACAAGAGAGAUCAAAAAGAUUUGAGAAGGUGUAUACUCAUAACCUCUAUUACUUGGCUCAAGUCUACCAGCAUAUGGAAAUGUUUGAGAAGGCUGCUCAUUAUUGUCACAGUACCCUAAAACGCCAACUUGAACACAAUGCCUACCAUCCUAUAGAGUGGGCUAUUAAUGCUGCUACCUUGUCACAAUUUUACAUCAAUAAGCUAUGUUUUAUGGAAGCCAGGCACUGUUUGUCUGCUGCUAAUGUUAUUUUUGGUCAAACUGGAAAGAUCUCAACAGAAGACACUACUGAAGCUGAAGGAGAUGUGCCAGAGCUUUAUCAUCAAAGAAAAGGAGAAAUAGCAAGAUGCUGGAUCAAAUAUUGUUUGACUCUCCUGCAGAAUGCCCAGCUUUCCAUGCAGGACAACAUAGGAGAGCUUGAUCUUGAUAAACAGUCUGAACUUAGAGCUUUGAGGAAAAAGGAACUAGAUGAGGAAGAAAGCGUGAGGAAAAAAGCCGUGCAGUUUGGAACCGGUGAGCUGUGUGAUGCCAUCUCUGCGGUGGAAGAGAAAGUGAGCUAUUUGAGACCUUUAGAUUUUGAAGAAGCCAGAGAACUUUUCUUAUUGGGUCAACACUAUGUCUUUGAGGCAAAAGAGUUCUUUCAGAUUGAUGGUUAUGUCACUGACCAUAUUGAAGUUGUCCAAGACCACAGUGCUCUGUUUAAGGUGCUUGCAUUCUUUGAGACCGAUAUGGAGAGACGGUGCAAGAUGCAUAAACGUAGAAUAGCCAUGUUAGAGCCCCUCAUUGUAGACCUGAAUCCACAGUAUUACCUGUUGGUCAACAGACAGAUUCAGUUUGAGAUUGCACAUGCUUACUAUGAUAUGAUGGAUUUGAAGGUUGCCAUUGCUGACAAGCUGAGGGAUCCUGAUUCACACAUUGUGAAAAAAAUAAAUAAUCUUAAUAAGUCAGCACUGAAGUACUACCAGCUCUUUUUAGACUCCCUGAGAGACCCAAACAAAGUAUUUCCUGAGCAUAUAGGGGAAGAUGUUCUUCGCCCUGCCAUGUUAGCUAAGUUUCGAGUUGCCCGUCUCUAUGGCAAAAUCAUCACUGCAGAUCCCAAGAAAGAGCUAGAAAAUUUGGCAACAUCAUUGGAACAUUACAAAUUUAUUGUCGAUUAUUGUGAAAAGCACCCUGAGGCUGCCCAGGAGAUAGAAGUUGAGCUAGAACUUAGUAAAGAGAUGGUGAGUCUUCUUCCAACAAAAAUGGAGAGAUUCAGAACCAAGAUGGCCCUGACUUAAUAAUCCUUGUUUUUAUGAAAGAAAAUGUGCAAUAUUAAAGAGAGUUUCUCCCUUAGUCAAGCAGGCUCAAUUCCAUUGUGAAGUUUACCUUUAUAGCCAGGUGAGUGUAGUUUGAACUUGAGAUAACAGACCAAUUGAGUUUUUGCUAGGACCUUAAUCAACAUAAAGAUAAUAAUUUAUACCUAAUUAUGUAAAUUGCCUUGUUAAGGUGAUGUGUGAUUGGUAUGUUAGAUUGCUUAUUUCCUAUUUAAGUAGAAACCUUUCUGACUCAGUUUUCUAAAGGUAGGUUCUUUGUUGGCUAGUACUUGAUAGCUUUAUUAAGAAGAAAAAUUCUGUAGUUAUAUACCGGUAGACAAGCCUGUUAAUUGAAAAGUAACUUCCUGUAGUUAUUCUUCCCCAAAUAUUUACUUUCCUAAUUUCCAGAGAAAUCUUUCGUUUUCUGAAAACAUCAAAAAACUAAGUUAUGUUGUAAAGUACUGUAAAGUAGUCGUCUCAUUUAUAGAAGGAAAAGGCCUUGCUGGAAAAUAAUAAAUUGACUUGUUUCACUAAUAAAA